GAAAUCAAAUGUGAAAGAAUGGCGAAACGCUUUCACUUUGUGAUUGCAUUCAAAACGUUAUCGCUUCUUUUGACUUCGCAAAAUGGAUGGAUUCGGAUUUCAACUAUUUACAAAACAUGACAGUGGCCUCGAAAACCGGCCUAGGAGUUUUAUGUUGGAUUACUUUAAAUGGUCUGGUUCGAGGGGACACCCUAGAUGACUGCGAGUACCUGGACCUCUCCAAGCCCCAGCGGACCAGCGUGCUGCAGUGUAGCCGCUACGGCUGCUGCGGAGACUUCAAGGCCAGACACUGCUGCACCGGACCUUUCGCCAUAGUGGGUGGAGUGUUCGGCGGCAUUCUUCUGGCUCUCAUAGUCGCCAUUGUGGUCGGCAUCCUGUGCAACAAGUACAAGUCCCAAAACGCCGUGAGGCAGAUCCCCACCAUAUCAGCAAGGACGUACAACGAGAUACCAGAGCCAACACCCCCACUCCCAACUCCCAGGGUGUACAAUCCGUCCCGUCUCCACCCGCCACCCUUCAGAAAAGUGCCACAAAAGCCGGGAACUAGCAAGUGUGACAAUGACGUCAUGUCUUCUGACAGUUCUAGCAGCCAAUCAAUUACCGAGUUACUGGAUUCUGCUGAACAGUUAACGAAAUCCGAAGAAAUCCGAACUGCGAAAAGAAAUAUCAAACAAAUAGCACCACAUUUACAUAUUCUGCCCAGUGGCACAAACAGCAGUGGGAAUAAUGAAAUUCAUCCGCCACCCUCAAUUCUGCAUUUACCCAGAUUUACACGACCACGAAGAUAGACAUGUGAAGAUGUCAUUAUUUCCACUUAACUCAUAUAGACGUAAAAUAUAACGGGGCUUUAUGUUUACAUCUUACAGAAUUUCGAACGGCGUUUUUCAGCAAAACUGGAAAUGUGUCCAUCGUUCACGGAUGCUAAGCUACUGGACAAAUACAUGGGUGUAGGCUGGACAGUCAUUAUGUCAAAAUACUAGAACUUUUCUAGUACAAACAUUAACAUAUUACAAUAACUUAAAAAUGGUGGAGCAAGAAAAGUUGUUCUGGCACAUUGCACAUCCCAUAUAAAUGAUCUACAAGCAUGGGAAGCUUCAUUUUGAUACCUCUUUUAGGUUUCAAGACAUGCUCCGGAAAUAUAUACACCUAAAAAAAAAAAGAAAGAUGAUUCUAGGAAAAUGGGGGCAAGAGUCGUAAUUUUUAUGCAACGCACAUCCCCAUAACUUUAAAAAUACACACCUUUCAAGUUGAGGCCUCUUUAGCUUGAGAUAUGCCACAGAAAAGAUUUUGAGUUAAAAACAAAGGACAUUAACUCUAAAACUA